AUGGAUUCAUAUGAGUCUACAAUGGUCUAUGAUGCAGAGAGUAAUAUGGAGAUACGGUUGUCAGAGUUUAUGGAUGGUGAGGGUGGUUGGAGGUGGCUUACAGAGUCAUGUGAGUUGCUUGAGAUCUGGGGUCUUAUUCAGACAGUGGGGCCUAGGGUGAGGGGGGAGGAUUAUUGGGUUUGGGUGUCGGGUGCUAGUGGUUGGUUUUCUAUCACUAGUGCGUGGGAGAGUUUGCACUCUCGUUGUCCUAGGGUAUCUUGGUCAGGUCUUUUGUGGUCUAGGAGUGGUAUUCCGCGUCACUUAUUUUGUGUGUGGUUAGCUGUAAGGGAUAGGUUGGGUAUGUGGGAUUGGUUGAGGAGUUGGGGUGUGUUGUCAAAGAAGGGUGUCUUCUGUAUAGGGGAGGUGGAGUCACAGGAUCUUCUAUUUUUUGAGUGUGGGUUUGAGAGAUAG